AUGCAGAGAAUUAACUCCCAUCUUCAUUCAAAGAAGAGUGUGCCCUAUGUGAUGAACCUCGACCCGGCGGUGCAUUCGGUGCCCUUUGACUGCAACAUUGAUAUUCGAGACUCGAUCAACUACAAGGAAGUAAUGCGCCAAUACAACCUGGGUCCUAACGGUGGAAUCUUGACAUCCCUGAAUCUUUUCGCCACCAAAGUCGAUCAGAUCAUUGCUCUUCUAGAGAAGCGCACUACUCCAGAUCCCAGCAAGCCCGCUGCCAAACCGAUUGAACACAUCCUCGUCGACACCCCGGGUCAGAUUGAAGUGUUCGUGUGGAGUGCAUCUGGAAGUAUUCUUCUCGAAACCCUCGCUUCAUCUUUCCCGACCGUUAUCGCCUAUAUUAUCGACACCCCGCGCGCCAGCUCAACCAGCACUUUUAUGAGCAACAUGCUAUAUGCUUGCAGUAUUCUUUACAAGACGAAACUUCCUAUGAUUUUGGUUUUCAACAAGACUGAUGUCAAGGAUGCCGAGUUUGCCAAGGAAUGGAUGACCGACUUUGACAAGUUCCAGCAGGCUUUGCGCGAGGAAGAAGAAUCCGGUGCCUUUGGUGCCGAGGGCUCAGCCGGCGGGUUCGGAGCCGGGAGUGGAUACAUGGGAUCACUUUUGAACAGCAUGAGCUUGAUGCUCGAGGAGUUCUACCGCCACUUGAGCGUCGUGGGCGUGAGCUCCAUGACCGGAGACGGCGUUGACGAAUUCUUCGAGGCUGUGGAGGAAAAGCGCCAAGAGUUCGAACGUGAUUACAAACCUGAAUUGGAGCGAAAAAAGCAGGAGCGGGAGGAGAACAAGGCCAAUCAGCGCGAGGUUGAAUUGGGCAAGUUGAUGAAGGAUAUGAAUGUCUCGGGAUCAGGUCGCAGAGAAGCCAAGGGGCCUGAGGUUGGGCCUGAGACUGUUAGCGAGGCUGAAGAUGACAGCGAGGAUGAGAUUAUCAAGCGAGGACUGGCCGAUGGCGAGGAUGAUAGUGAAGAUGAUUACGAAGGCCCAAGCGCUGGCGAUGAUGAAGGUCUCUCUUCGCGCUACCAGCAUGCCCUUGGGCAGGAUCAACCUUCUGAUCAGGAUAACAGCUUCACUCGGUACUUGCGCUCCGCCAGCAUGAACCAGUGA